UUCAACAAUGGCGGAUCAUCAUCAUCACCACCAUCAGCGACCGAAUCGUCUUUCACUACCAUCACCAACGAUCGGAAGAACAUACCCAUCUUUCCCUUACACUCCAACUCCAACCCCUUCCAAAACCCGUAGAUCGAUCCAUGGAAGCAACAACACAAAAUCAUCACUUUCGUUUCUAUUUCUCAUCCUCUUCUCUCUUAGAUCUCUCUACUCUCUCUUACCUUUCCUUCGUUCUUCACCUUCUUUCUCUCUUUUCCCUUUCUCCUUCCUCGUCUCUCUUCUCUCUUUCCUCUUCUCACUCUCUUUCUCCAUCAUCUCUUCCUUUUCACCUUCCAAGAAAGACCCUUUUCUUCUCCGCCAUCAAAAUCGUUCCUUUUCGUCUCUUUCUUCGUCUCAAUUCAAACUCUUGCUCGCGAAAUCGUUUCUUCUUGCUUUCGUCUUCCUUCUUCGUUUCCAAGCUCUUCGUUACUGUAGUGCUGCUGCUAUGAUCUUAGCUGAACUCUCAGGUAACGUCUCAGCUAGAGCCUUGUUUGGUGAUAAUAGUGGAAUUGGAGGAGUUAGAUCAUCUAAGGUUCGUGGGUUUUGCGUUUUGUUUGCUGGGUUGUUGUUGUUAUCAAUCAGCUGGGAUCGUGUUGAUUGUUUCCCGUUUUCAUCAUCUGUUCAAAGUUGGGGUUUUUGGAUUUACCCUAAAGAGAAUUGCUUGAGGAUUUGGCCUUUGUUGCUUCCGUUUCUGUCUGGGUUUUUGGGUUGUUAUGAGAAAGUUUCAAUGAAUUGGGUUGAGAUCAAGCAGCUAGAUCAGAAACGAGUCCGGUUACUAUCUUUGUUUAUGACCACUGUGUUGUUGUUCCCACUUGCUAUUUGGAGUUUCUUGUUCUCUGGUAGUGGUGAUGAUGGUGUCUCUAUUGGGAAUUUAGGUUGGCCUUUAGCUAACACUGUUGUAUUUGGAGUAUUGUUGAGUGAGAAUUAUAAUGAUGAUAAGUUUUCGAGCUCGAAGAAGAAGGACUCAGAGAAGGAGUUUCUGGUUACGUUUCUAUGUACUAUUGUUUUGGAGCUCUUCUAUUUUCCUGAGCUAUCUCUUUGGGGAUUGUUGCUUUGUGGUUUGUUGCUUUAUGUUGCUGUUAGGGAGUUGGACUCUGUGAAUUCAGAUUACCAAGAGAUUGGGAUGGAAUCGCCUGAGUCGUUUUCCACUAUGUUUAUGAAGCCUAUCCGUCACAUUUUGAGCGAGAAGAAGUCGAGGAAGAUUGCACUGUUUCUUUUGAUCAAUACAGCGUAUAUGGUUGUUGAGUUUGUGGCUGGGUUUAUGAGUAAUAGUCUUGGAUUGAUCUCAGACGCUUGUCAUAUGUUGUUUGAUUGUGCUGCUUUGGCAAUUGGGCUGUAUGCGUCUUAUAUCUCCCGUCUUCCUGCAAACCAUCAGUACAACUAUGGUCGAGGUAGAUUUGAAGUGCUUUCUGGUUAUGUUAACGCGGUUUUCCUUGUUCUUGUUGGGGCUUUGAUUGUGCUUGAGUCGAUUGAGAGAAUUUUGGAUCCUCAGGAGAUUUCUACAAAUAGUCUUUUGGUUGUUUCAGUUGGAGGGCUUCUUGUGAAUGUUGUCGGGUUAAUCUUUUUCCACGAGGAACAUCAUCAUGCUCAUGGUGGAUCUGGUUGCACGCAUUCUCACUCACACGAAUCUCAUAGCCAUAAACAUGAUGAGCAUGACCAUCAUCAUCAACAUUCCCAUAGCCAUAAACAUGAGGAUCAUCAUGAGCAUUCCCACAACCAUAAACAUGAGGAUCAUCAUAGCUGCAACCAUGAUCAUCAUUCCCAUAACCCCAGCCACAACCAUGAGAAUCAUUCUGAUCACAAACCUGAAAAAAGCGAUCAUCACAUUGACCACAACAUGGAAGGAAUCUUUCUUCAUGUUUUAGCAGACACAAUGGGGAGUGUUGGAGUUGUGAUAUCGACACUCUUGAUCAAAUACAAGGGCUGGUUAGUUGCUGAUCCAGCCAGCUCAAUCUUCAUCUCCAUCCUUAUCAUCGCAUCAGUCAUUCCGUUGCUCAGAAACUCCGCAGAGGUUCUAUUGCAAAGAGUCCCUAGAGCUCACAGACACGACCUGCAAGAAGCUAUGAAGAACAUACUAAAGACUAAAGGUGUUUGCAGUAUCCAGAGGCUGCAUGUAUGGAGUUUCACUAACUCAGACGUUGUAGCUACUCUCCAUCUCCUCGUAUCUGCAGAUUCAAACAAGAUGGAUACUAAGUUGCAAGUCUCACGUUUACUAGAAGAUGCAGGAGUAAAAGAUUUGACUUUGCAGGUUGAAUCUGUUAACUCAUAGCAAUUGACACUGUAGACGCAAGUUAAUUGUUGUUGUUGGUGCUUUUUUGUGCUUAUAGGCCUUCUUGAUCAAAUACUAUUAGAAACUGAUAUAAACAAAACGAUUCACUUGUGUUAUAGAAUAACAUGCAUAUGGAUAUGCUCUUGCUCAAA